UCUUCCAAACGUAACAAUACAGUAUUGAAUAUCAAACAUGCAUUUAACUGUAAACAAAGUUUCACAAUUUGUAUAUUCUAAUAUCCUGAAACCUCGGAAUAUCAGAUACUACUGUAAAAAUGUGAAAGAUACAGAAAUUCCUAAGAACCCACUGAAAAAAUAUUAUGGUGCAAGCGAUCAAGUCACUAAUGGUUAUAUAUAUGAUAAAAAACCUUUCAAAUACACUUGUGUAGCUGGUAAAAAAUAUUCAUGGUGUUUAUGUGGUAAAAGUGCCAAACAACCAUUUUGUGAUGGCACACAUAAUAAUAUACAUCUUAAAAUAAAGCAAAAGCCUAUAUUUUUCACUGUUGAAGAAACCAAAGAUUAUUGGCUUUGCAAUUGCAAACAAACAUCGAAUCGACCUUUUUGCGACGGUACGCAUCUAAGAGAAGAUAUUCAAGAAAAGAGAAGAUAA